UGAAAAAUACAGAAAGCUGCUGUCAGUCUUCCAUUCAGUGCACAGUGACUGCUACUAGUAGAAAUAGUGUAUAAAGAAACUAAAAUUGUCUAAACUUGCACACCACAACAUUUUUUAGAAUUCAAAAACUGAUCAAAGCAUCCCAUCUUUCAUUAAUGCUAAAACCCUCAAAACUUUAUCUGGAAAAAUUAAAACAACAAAAAUAACACAUGACAACUAACUUAUCUAAAAACUGGUAUCUUUUUGACUAAUGGAGUAAUACAGUCUUCAUAUUUUAGCAAAAUUUGAUUUAGCAAAACUAUUUGGUAGAAAUUAUGAUUAUGAAAGAAUUUAUGUUGGCAAAAAUUAAAAUACAUAAAGAAGUGAUAAAUCUUUCUUAUAACAUUUACUUGGAAAAUAAUCCUGAAUGUAUAGUGUGUACAACUAUGCAGCUGAGUUCAAAGUUAAUUUCUAAGGCUACUUUCUCAUGAAAAUUAGUGUUAAGGUAAUUCUAUUUUAAUAUCUUUAUAAACAUGAAGUAAAAAUGUGCCUAGAAUAAUAAUGGCAGUUUUGAAAACUCCCUGUUACGGGAAUAUGGUGAUGACCAAGAUCCAAAGUGGCCCUCCUCUCAACACUUUACAGUUUUGUGGGAAAGGCUGACAUUAAAUAAUUUGUCACAUAAUUGCUGAGUUUAUGCUGAGAUAACACAACUUGAUGUAGUUUUGCAGUCAGGGAAAUUUAAACUGUAUGGAAGGGUGACUAGAAAUUAAUUUAGAUAAGCAUGUUGAAGGAAGAGAAGUAGAAGGAACUUUGGCUGGAAGUAAUGUUUUCUUCAAGACCUUUAAGACAAGUAGAUGAUUAGAUUCACAUUUAAAAACUCAUGUGUGUAAGCUCAGUCACUCAAACUUGUGAGACUCCUCAGUCCAUGAAAUUUUCCAGGCAAGAAUCUUGGAGUUGCCAUUUCCCUCUCCAGGGCAUCUUCUCAACCCAGGGAUUGAACAUGUGUCUCCUGCAUUGGCAGGCAGAUUCUUUACUACCGCACUACUUUGGAAGCCCACAUUUAAAAAUAAAUACAGUAUAUAUGGAAAAUGGCUUUGGGUGUAGGGGUGGCAAGAGAAGACUUCAAUAGAACUGUUGAGAAGACCCUGCAAUAUUUCCGUAGUCCAGAGAUGAUUAUUUGGAAAGAGUAAGGACAAUGCAGAAGGCGAAUAGUACACAGCUUUGAGAACCAUGAAGAGGGUAGAAUCAUGUGGAUUUUGUGGUUGAUUGGCUCAGGAACUGAGAAAAUGAAUGCCCUGGAUGAUUACCAGUUUCUUGGCUUCUUUCACUGAGAAAUGGAAAAACUGAAAGAGGAGCAAUUUUUGAAGAGAAGAUAAGUGGACCUGUUCAUUCAGCCCCUAAAGAAAUAACAGUGUCUGAGGGACAAGAAGAGAAACCUGAUAGCCUAGUUAAAUAUUUCAGUGUUGUUUGGUGUAAAGCUUCAAAGAAAAAACACAAAAAGUGGGAAGGUGAUGGUGUUCUUAUUGUAAAAGGAAAGUCAUUUACAUUAAAGGAUUUGGAAGGCAAAGACAUUGGAAGAGGCACUGGAUAUAAAUUGAAAGAGCUUGAAAAGAUUGAAGAGGGUCAAACAAUGAUGAUUGGUGGAAAAGAAAUAGAAGUCAUGGGUAUCAUCUCUCCAGAUGAUUUCAACAGUGGAAGAUGUUUUCAGUUUGGAGGAGGAUGUUCUGCUGUCUUAAGUUCUUCUCAAGCUGCCAAGAAGUGUUUCUCUAACCCUUUCAAAAGUGUCUGUAAACUCAGUUCAAAGGAAAAUAAACAGAACAGUUUCCAAAAUUGCAAACCACGCCAUGACCCAUAUGCGCCAAAUUCCCUUGUUAUGCUCCGACCAGAUAAGAAUCACCAGUGGCUGUUCAAUAAGAACUGUUUUCCUGUUGUGGAUGUAGUGAUAGAUCCUCACCUCGUAUAUUACCUUCGACCACAUCAGAAAGAAGGGAUCACAUUCCUUUAUGAAUGUGUAAUGGGAAUGAGGGUGAAUGGCAGAUGUGGAGCUAUUCUUGCCGAUGAAAUGGGUUUAGGGAAAACACUGCAAUGUAUUUCGCUUAUCUGGACCCUACAGUGUCAGGGACCCUAUGGAGGCAAGCCAGUAGUAAAGAAGACACUUAUUGUCACACCUGGAAGCUUGGUGAAUAAUUGGAGGAAAGAAUUCCAAAAAUGGCUAGGAAUCGAAAGGAUCAAGAUAUUUACUGUUGAUCAGGACCACAAAGUAGAAGGAUUCACGAAAUCUCCAUUAUAUUCUGUUCUUAUCAUCAGUUAUGAAAUGUUACUUCGUUCCCUGGAUCAAAUUAAGAAUGUAAAAUUUGAUCUUCUAAUUUGUGAUGAAGGGCAUCGUUUGAAGAACAGUACCAUUAAGACAACUACAGCCCUCAUUAGCCUCUCCUGUGAGAAAAGGAUAAUUUUAACGGGUACUCCAGUUCAGAAUGAUCUCCAAGAAUUUUUUACAUUAAUUGAUUUUGUAAAUCCAGGAAUAUUAGGCUCUUUGUCAGCUUAUAGAAAAAUAUAUGAAGAACCCAUUAUCAUAUCAAGACAACCUUCUGCUUCUGAGGAAGAAAGGGAGUUAGGAGAGCAAAGAGCAGCUGAACUUACUUGCCUCACUGGACUCUUCAUCCUUAGAAGAACCCAAGAAGUCAUAAAUCAAUAUCUCCCUCCUAAAAUAGAGAAUGUAGUCUUUUGCCGACCAGGAGCCCUACAGAUUGCACUUUAUAGAAAACUGUUAAAUUCUCAGGCCGUCAGAUUCUGUCUUCAAGGACUGUUGGAAAAUACUUCUCAUCUAAUAUGUAUCGGAGCUCUUAAAAAGCUGUGCAAUCACCCCUGCCUUUUGUUCGGCUCAAUAAAGGAAAAAGAAAGCAACUCAACUUGGGAUGAGAGUGAAGAAAGAAAUCUCUAUGAAGGCCUGAUGAAUGUGUUCCCUGCUGAUUACAAUCCGAUCAUGUUUACUGAGGAAGAGUCCGGAAAACUGCAGGUGCUGUCAAAGCUCUUAGCCGUUAUCCGCGAACUUCGUCCUGCUGAAAAAGUUGUGUUGGUAUCCAACUAUACACGAACCCUGGAUAUUUUACAAGAAGUCUGCAAGCGUCAUGGAUAUGCUUAUACAAGACUUGAUGGACAGACCCCAAUCUCUCAAAGGCAGCAAAUUGUUGAUGGCUUUAAUAGUAAAUACUCUUCUGAUUUUAUUUUUUUGUUAAGUUCAAAAGCUGGUGGUGUGGGGCUUAACCUUAUUGGAGGAUCUCACUUAAUCCUCUAUGACAUUGAUUGGAAUCCAGCUACUGAUAUCCAGGCAAUGUCUAGAGUGUGGAGAGAUGGUCAGAAGCACCCUGUGCAUAUUUACAGACUCCUAACCACAGGUACCAUAGAGGAAAAGAUCUAUCAAAGACAGAUCAGUAAGCAAGAUCUUUCUGGGGCAGUUGUAGACCUAUCCAAGACAUCUGAUCAUAUUCAGUUUUCAGUGGAAGAACUUAAAAAUUUGUUCACAUUGCAUGAAAGUUCACAUUGCGUUACUCAUGACCUGCUUGACUGUGAAUGUACAGGAGAAAAUCAUACAGGUGAUUCAUUGGAAAAACUCCCUGUGUCUAGAAAUUGUCAGCUUGGUCCACAUCAACAGAAGUCUGAUUCCCUGAAACCUCUCUCCAUGUCACAACUGAAGCAAUGGAAACAUUUUCCUGGAGAUCAUUUAAAUCUUACAGAUCCUUUUCUUGAAAGAAUAAGAGAAAAUGUAUCAUUCUUUUUUCAAAAUAUAACCAAUCAAACUAUUGCUAUAUAAUGAAAUAUUACUUUAUGACGUUACUUUGCUUCCCCCUUUAAAAAGUUAAUCUAGUAAGUAAAUGUACUUCUGGAAAACAAAUAAAAUUAUUUUAAUUAUAAUAAUGUAUUUUGUUGCACACUAUAUUAUAGUUUUGAUAUGGUAGUCAGAACUGACUUGUUUAAUGUUUUGUAUAUGUUCCUAAAUAUUGAAACAUUAGAGACAUACUUCUAUCAUC